AUGGCCAUGGUGGCCGGCGGCUGGGGCGAGCCCAACGGCGGCGGCGGCGGCGGCGGCGGCGGGGAGGAGGCGGCGUCCCCGGCGGGCGGCGGCAGCGACGCGGAGCACGGCGAGGAGGAGCGGGCCGGGGCGCCCGUGGACUGCGUGGUGUGCGGGGACAAGUCCAGCGGGAAGCACUACGGCGUCUUCACCUGCGAGGGCUGCAAGAGCUUCUUCAAGCGCAGCAUCCGCAGGAACCUCAGCUACACCUGCAGGUCCAACCGCGACUGCCAGAUCGACCAGCACCACCGCAACCAAUGCCAGUACUGCCGCCUGAAGAAGUGCUUCCGUGUGGGGAUGAGGAAGGAAGCCGUGCAGCGGGGCCGGAUCCCCCCCACGCACUCCAGCACCAGCCCCAACACCAUGCCCAGCGGGGAAUACUUCAACGGGCAGCCGGUGUCGGAGCUCAUCUCGCAGCUGCUGCGGGCUGAGCCCUACCCGGCCGCCCGCUACGGCUCGCAGUACGCGCAGCAGGGCAGCGUCAUGGGCAUCGACAACAUCUGCGAGCUGGCCGCCCGCCUCCUCUUCAGCACGGUGGAGUGGGCUCGCAACAUCCCCUUCUUCCCCGAGCUGCCCGUCUCGGACCAGGUGGCCCUGCUGCGGCUCAGCUGGAGCGAGCUCUUCGUGCUCAACGCGGCGCAGUCGGCGCUGCCGCUGCACAUGGCCCCGCUGCUGGCCGCCGCCGGCUUCCACGCCUCGCCCAUGUCGGCCGACCGCGUCGUCUCCUUCAUGGACCAGAUCCGCAUCUUCCAGGACCAGGUGGAGAAGCUCAACCGGCUCCAGGUGGACUCGGCCGAGUACAGCUGCCUCAAAGCCAUCGCGCUCUUCACGCCGGAUGCCUGCGGCCUCUCGGACCCGGCGCACGUGGAGAGCCUGCAGGAGAAGGCGCAGGUGGCCCUGACCGAGUACGUGCGCGCGCAGUACCCCUCGCAGCCCCAGCGCUUCGGCCGCCUCCUGCUGCGGCUGCCGGCGCUGCGGGCCGUGCCGGCCUCCCUCAUCUCGCAGCUCUUCUUCAUGAGGCUGGUGGGGAAGACGCCCAUCGAAACACUAAUCAGGGACAUGCUGCUGUCCGGGAGCACCUUCAACUGGCCCUACGGGACGGGGCAGUAGGGGACAAAGACAAGGAUGCUCCCGAUGGGGACGCCCCGGACACCCCUGAGAUGCCAAACCCCAUUUCCCUCCGGAGACGCAGCCGAUGCCGUCCCCAGGGCCCUGAACUGCUCGAGCCCCCCGUGACUCGUCCGCCCGGGGGCUGCUCCCCCCCCCCGGCGUGAGCCCCGAAGGCCGCGCGGUAGCGGCGUUGUGCUCCGGAACCCAACGGUAC